AUGCUUGGAAACUACUUGUUAAGCAAAGAAAUUUUUGUGAUGGACCAUGAUUAUUACAUCGGAUUAUCAGUAUUUGUCAUAACUUACUAUGGCACUACUAAAUUUGGUCCAAUAUUAGCCGCUAGUUUGGACAAGGAUGUGGAUGCAGUAGAAGAAAGCUUUAAAUCCAGAAGAAAAGAAGAAGAAGCGCAUUUUGAAACUAUAAUAAAAGAAGCUAAAGAUGCGCAGUUUAGAGCCAAGGGGCAAAACUUACUAAUAGAAGCAAAAAAGGAGAACGUGGCAAUGCAAAUAGAAGCCGCUUAUAGGGAGAGAGUUAUGCAUGUUUACAAAAGUUUAAAACGUCGCUUAGAUUAUCACGCAAAACGACAUCGUAUUGAAAAUAAUAUUCAUCAGAAGUGGAUGGUUACUUGGAUACUGGAGAAUGUUAAAAAAGCGAUAACACCUGAAAUUGAGAGGCAAGCUAUAGAUCAAGCCAUUGCUAGUCUUGCUUCUCUGGCAGAACAUGCACGUUAA